CCCAGAACAUCGGUUUUAGCUUUUUCGCGCUCGGACAUCUAAUCUGGCUAAAAUGGUCGUUACGUGUGAGAUCAGCUUCGAUAAUAAUAGACAUAGUACUUUCUACGCCGGUCAGCUAGUAAACGGAUGCGCGACCCUCAAAUGUGACAGGUCCAAGGAGGUUCAAGCCGUGCUGCUCAAGGUGGUCGGGUAUUCUAUAACCAAGUGGAGCGAAAAGAGUCUGGGCUCGACAAAGCUCUACGUGGGCCGUGAGGAUUAUCUAUCAUCAAACACUUAUCUGCUGGGCUCUGAGCAAAACAACAAUAGACUCACUAUUCAGGCUGGGGUGCACAACUAUAACUUCGCCUGCCAGCUUCCCUAUCAGUGUCCCUCGUCCUUUGAGGGACGCUAUGGAUGCAUCCGCUAUAUAGUGAAGGUCCUGCUGAUCAGACCGUGGAAAUUCGAUCAGGCCUACACAAAGGGCUUUACGGUUCUUAAGAUGCUGGAUCUCAAUUUUGACACUCCCCAGUUAAGGUCCGCUGCUCAUAGCGAGGGCUACCGCACCUUUUGCUGUGGUCCCUGCAAGACAGAUCCUCUAAAAUUGGAGCUCCACCUCCCGCAAGCGGGCUACGUUUCUGGCCAGAAGAUUCCCGUGACCAUGGUGGUAGUCAACAACACUGCCGUUGCCGUCUCCGAACUGCGACUCUCCCUGGUGAUGCUAGUGCGAUACUACAGCGUCAGUCCUGAACACUCUCGGGUGGAACGAAUAAUAAUAUCGCGAGCCAAAGGAGACUCCGUGCUGAAGCAGUGCACCCGCUCCCAGACCAUCGAUUUGUCCGUACCCUCAACACCGCCCACCUGCGUGGAGCUGAGCAACCUCAUCCAGAUCGCCUACCAACUGGAGGUGGAGGCGUUAGUGAAGAGUCUACGGGAACAACAGCUGAUGGUCAUGCCGGUUACUAUUGGCACCAUUCCCCUGGCGGUUUCGGGCAUAGUGGUGCAGCAACCCCCCCGGCGAAGUGCCCACUACGAAGGACCGGAAUCUAGAAGGAAUCCUCCCGACGAGCUACCCAUGGUGACCGCACUUGGGAGCUUGCCUAGCGAUCUGACGCCCGGUGCAGCUGAUUCAGGGCUCCCUAAUUAUGAGGAAUCCCGGCACACUCAACGGGGCAAUAUCAACGAAGAAGAGCUACAUGCAUUCGGAAGCAAUGAGUUUGCUCCCCUUUAUCCCGUAUAUAGUAUACCCAGUCCUACGCCCGUCCUCACGGCAAACACCCGGAAUGCUGGAUACGUCAACCAAAGUUAUGUCAAAUAAAGCCAUUUUUGACAAAGUGGUCCAAUCAGCAAUCUUGGCUUGUGUCCAUUGUACACCGAAAAGUAAAAAAUAUCUAAAUAAACUGUCCAUCCAGACAGUACACAAUUUAGUUGUAUUCAUAAGAUACAUUUGAAGCACUUCCUAAACUACUUCUGACAUUCCAGCGCGAAUUAUUCGGACUACUUUUAUACAUUUUUACGCCAACUACUGAUAUAUGUAGCUCCCUGUUAUCUUUUCCUUACUUCCUACAUUGUGCUAUGCUGUAUUAUUUUAGCAAGAUUACAGCUUAUUCUUUUAAUUACUUCUUACCCCAAAUGUAAAUUAUUUUCAUUCUUUUUACAUAACGGUAACGAAACAUUUUUCGCUUCUACUUUGUAUAUAACAUAUUGAUAAGAUACAUUUGAAGCACUUCCUAAAUUACUUCUGACAUUACAGCGCGAAUUAUUCUGACUACUUUUAUACAUUUGUACGCCAACUACUGAUAUAUGUAGCUCCCUGUUACUUUUUCCUUACUUCCUACAUUGUGCUACGUUGUAUUAUUUUAGUAAGAUUACAGCUUAUUCUUUUAACUUCUUCUAACCCCAAAUGUAAAUUAUUUCUUAGUGACAGCAUACUUCUAACAUAACGGUAACAAAACAUUUUUCGCUUCUACUUUGUAUAUUACAUGGUGCAAAAUUACAUAUACUUACAUUAAAUUAUUGAAAAUGGGGCUCACAAGAAAUUUUACUACUCCUUAUUUUAUCCAUUAGUUCUUACUGUAAAGUUAGCUCUUGGAUUCAAUACGUUCCACAUUAAAGUGAAAAUUUUCUCCGGAAAUAUCCUGUACUGUAUUUAAAUAUGUAAAUUGUUACAUUUUGUUGCAAGUGAAGAACAACAAGAGUUUUGAU